ACACAAGUAUUUGUAACUAUGAUCGGAUCUGCGUUACAUUCAUCAUUAUCACCAUCCAGUCUUUCAUAGGAACCUUGUAAUUACUUGUUAGUGUUUGAAACUCAGAACAGAAGAAAUGGAGAGCGAAAGCAAGCAAGUGAUGAAGCAGAGGAAGAAGCAGCUUGAGGUCUUGGAUAUCCUCAAGGAGGCACUAACUAUCCUUGUCAAGAACACCAAUUUCAUUAUCUUUGCCUUUCUUACUUCUCUCCCUUUACUCUUUCUCAUGAUUCACUUUGAAACUUUGUUCCAGCAAAUUCUAGUUGACACCCCACGAAUCGUUAAGCAUAUACUUCUACAAUUCAACACUAAAUUAUACGGCGGUUUUAUUUAUGAGCAUGUAAUAAUAUUAACGGACGACGAUGCAACAAUACAUUUAGACCAAGAUUAUUACACGGUUACAAGUUUCAGUAGUAAAGAUUAUUUGCCUAACUUGAUUCAACUUGUAUUCAUGUAUUUGGUGCCUCUACAUGUUCUUGAACUUGGUUCUGCUGCUCUAACUGUGUACGUCUCAUCAAAGCUGAAAUCAGAAGAGGGAAGACUGAGUCUCAAGCAAAUGUUUCUAGAAUCCUUUGAUGCAUCAACAAUGAAAGGCACAUUUAUAACUUCUUUGUAUUUGCUUUCCAUGUCUAGUGGAAUUCUUCUUGCAGCGGCAUGGACAGUGAGUAACUCUUAUAUUCUCUACAUGACUUUUGGGUGCUACAUUGUUUUUGCAUUGAUUUGCUUUGCAGCACUUACAAAGCUUUUGAUGGUGUAUCUGGAAUGGAGUGCUAUUUGGAAUAUGAGUAUUGUGAUAUCGGUAAUGGAUGGUAUCCAUGGAGCAGGGGCGUUACGCGUUUCGUUCUUCCUAAGCAGUGGUAAUCAAAAGAGAGGACUCUAUUUGAUGCUUGUUUUCUUUGCUUUAGGGGUUUGUUUUAGGGUGCCAUGUAUUUUCCUUGGUUGCUAUAAAGGAGGGAGUGGGAUAUUUGUGCAAGUUGGGUUGUUCUUUUUGGUAAAUACUCUCAAAUGGGUGUCUUGUAUGAUUUACUUCUCUGAUUGCAAGGAGAGGAAGUUAGAGAAGAAGAUUAUUGAUGAUGUAGAAGUGGGUAAAGAUCUUCAAAGUGGUUCAUAAAGAAUGGAAUUAAUAGUGGUACAUAAAUGUUUUGAUUUUUGAACUUUUAAUGUGUAAGAAUUGAGAUGAUGUACAAUACAUGUCAUCUUCAUACUUCCAAUAAAGGAUUAUGUUUUAUGAAUAAUGAUAUUUUCAAUUUUGUGACCAA